AUGGCUGAACAGUUGCUUUUGUGGCUGAACGGCCGUGUUGAUUUUCGACAGGCGUACACCUUGGACUGGAGUGGUAUUAUCGCACUUUUAGCGGAUAUCGCCAGCCAACCCAGUGUAUACGGAGUCCCCCCUCAGAAUGUCGCCAACCUGCUGUUGGUACAUGCGGAUAUCAGCCGCCUUCGCCGCCCAGAUGGCGCUGACUACCUCGUCCCACCGCCACCCCAGAACAUCGACCGUAAGCGUCAUCCGAACUGGCCCUCGGCCCUGUCGCGAUUUCAGCUUACAAAAUCGACGAUUGAUGGGGUGGAAUACUGGGCCCUUCCGGACCUCUUAGGGCUCUUUAUGAGCACUUUAGGUCGAGCUCCCGCAACAGCAACUAAGAGGAAUUUCUACCUCCCGCUGACCGCUGUCUACGGACAGUGUUGGACCGAAGACGGAGAGUUCCAUCUUGGAGCCUCUAGAGGCGGUUUUGCGACUGAUAGCGGGAUGGGAUCCUGGCUUGCCGUGUUGGACAGGGCUCGGUAUGGGAUCAUUAGGUCUCCAUUACUGCAGCUGACCAAUUGGUCACAAGCUUGGACUCCUACCAUCCGAGCUCGAGGCCGAAAGUGGGGCAGGCCGUUUGGCCGUUGUGCAGAGACAUAUCCUGUCCGCAAACUUCUGAUGGGUAAAACCGAAGAAGAGGCAGCGAAGGUGCAUGGGUUAGCGUUGUGCAACCGUUACAUACACCCAGCUCCUGCCUACGACGAUCGACUGUCUGGGAGGAUCUGGGGGAGCCUCUGGGACCCCUGUGACAAUUGUCGAGUCCUCAUCAGCGUCAACAAGGGCAAUAUUCUCAACUUCGGCCGAUUGACCGGAAGCGUGGGAGCCCCGCCUUGA